AUGUGUGGUCUAGAUGGACAUGGCGGGAACAGUUCGUGCUCCUACCCGCUGCGGGCACCAGUUCCCGUCGGGAAGAGAGCCAACAAGCUCUACAGAGACCGCACGGCAAACUUCUACUCGCCAGGACAAUGGGAGAAGGUCAAUCUGCUCUCCAUGAUGCACCUCGCAGUCCGCUCCGACCCCUCAGUCAUCUCCCUCACAGUAUGGCACAGCCCAAACCUCACCCGCCCAACCUUCCCAGACGCAACAGCCUCAACAAACACCUACACCCCCUCCAAAAUCGGCGACUCCUUCGGACCGUCCUGGUCAACCCACUGGUUCAGAGUCCGCGUCACGAUCCCAGAGGUCAUGCGACAGAUGGACCACCUCGAGCUCCACUGGGACUGCAGCAACGAAGCAACAGUCUGGACCGAAACCGGGGAGCCCUUACAGGGUCUCACGGGCCGCGGCGAACGCGUCGAGUGGAUUCUGCCCGAGGCGUUCAAAGAUGGGGACGAGCAUGUUUUUUAUCUGGAGAUGGCGUGUAACGGGAUGUUGACGAACGCGGCGGGCGAGCCGAUUUUCAAGAAUAACGCCAACGGGGACGCGAUUCAGCCUCCUGAUCCGAAUAAGAUCUUCACCUUGACAAAGGCCGAGAUUGUAGGCGUGGAUUUACAGGCUAGGGCGUUGCACUCCGAUAUCACUGUGAUCCACCAGGCGGCGGAGGAGUUUCCCGAGGACUCGUGGGAGCAGCACGAAGCCCUGAAUAUCGCGACGCGAAUCAUCAAUGCUUUCCGGGUGGGUGAUCGGGCUUCGAUUGUGACGGCCCGAAAGAUUGCAGAAGAGUAUUUGGGGCCGGAUGUCAACUCAGCUCAGGUGUUUGAUGUCGGCACUGGUGAAAAGGGGGCGAGUGUGUACGCGAUUGGGCAUUGUCAUAUUGAUACGUGCUGGCUGUGGCCGUGGGAGGAGACGAAGCGCAAGGUGGCGAGGUCGUGGUUGAAUCAGUGCGAUUUGAUGGAUCGGUAUCCAGAGUUGAAUUUUGCUUGUUCGCAGGCUCAGCAGUUCAAAUGGCUCAAACAACUCUACCCGCACGCCUGGACCCGCGUCCAGUCCAAAGUAGCCUCCGGCCAAUUCCACCCCAUCGGCGGCUGCUGGGUCGAGCACGAUACCAACAUCCCCAGCGGCGAAUCCCUGAUCCGGCAGUUCCUCUUCGGGCAGCGGUUUUUCGAGAGUAACUUUGGCCGGCGCUCGACGACGUGUUGGCUGCCGGAUACAUUUGGCCAGUCGAGCCAGAUGCCGCAGCUGUGUCGGCAGGCGGGGAUGAAUCGUUUUCUGGCGCAGAAGAUUUGUUUUAAUAAUAUGAAUGAGUUUCCUCAUACUACGUUCAACUGGGUCGCUCUUGAUGGGAGUCAGGUUAUUUGCCACAUGCCGCCUGCAAAGACGUACUGCGCCAACGCGACGUUUGGGGACGUGAAGCGUAGUAUGACGCAGCAUAAGUCUCUGGAUCAAGACCACACCUCUCUCCUAGUCUUCGGCAAAGGCGACGGCGGAGGCGGCCCAACCCGUCCCCAACUAGAAUCCCUCCGCCGCCUCCGAGGCCUCGCGGACACCACAGGUCUCCUCCCGCGCGUCCACUCCGGCGGCACCCCAGACGACUUCUUCGACCGUCUCGAGAAGAAGGCACAUACCUUUCCCACAUGGCACGGCGAGUUGUACUUUGAGCUACACAGGGGUGUAUACACCACGCAGGCGCAGACAAAGCUGAAUAACAGACGGGCCGAGAUUUUACUCCGUGAUGUGGAGCUUUUGGCGACGAUUGCGUCGGUGGAGGAUCGGGGGUAUAGGUACCCUAAGAAGGAGGUUGAUGAGAUGUGGGAGGGGGUGCUGCUUUGUCAGUUUCAGGAUUGUCUUCCUGGGACUGCGAUUGGGAUGUGUUAUGAUGAUUCGGAUAAGGUCUAUGCAAAUGUCUUUAGCAUCGGGAAUAUGCUUCUGAAAAGCAUCUACAGCGUUCUCAAGAUCAACGAUAUCAGCGGCAACCCCACUGGAACAGAGAAGCUAGUAGCUCUCAACACCCUAGGAUGGCCUCGAAAGGAAGUCAUUACCACCACGAACGGCAAAGACCUCAUCGCCCAGGGAGCCGGAACCAUCAUCACCACCCGCGAGAUAACCCCAUCCGAAACAAUCAAACCCCUCGUCACAGUCAAAGAAGUCUCCCCGGGCAUCUUCGUCCUCGAAAACAGCCACUUCACAGUCACCGUCGAAAACGGCACCAUCACCUCCCUCCUCGACCGCCGCGCCGCCAACCGCGAGGUUCUGGCGGCGGGCAGCAGGGCGAACCAGUUGGUCAUCUUUGACGAUAAGCCGAUUUACUGGCAGGCGUGGGACGUGGAGGUCUUUCACCUCGAGACGCGGGAGGAGGUGCGCGGCGGGCGGACGGCUGUGCUGGAGGAGUCGCCGUUGCGGGUGAGUGUUGUUACGGAGACGAGGGUUAGCGAGGUCAGUUCUGUGAGGAGUGUUGUCAGUCUUGCUGCGGUGGUUGAUGGGAAUGAAGGACAGAAGGGCGGGGCGGGUCUGGGUGUGGAGUGCACUGCUGAAGUUGACUGGCAUGAGACGAUGAAGUUUCUCAAGGUUGAGUUUCCUGUUGAUGUAAGGCAUCACGAGGCGUCGUAUGAUACGCAGUUUGGGGUUAUUCGGCGCCCGACGCACUACAACACGUCCUGGGACAUGGCCAAGUUCGAGGUAUGCUGCCAUAAGUACGCAGACCUCUCAGAGUACGGGUACGGCGUGUCAAUCCUCAACGAUAGCAAAUACGGCUUCGCAACCGUCGGAAACACGAUGCGGCUGUCCCUCCUGCGAUCGUCCAAGGCGCCGGAUGAUGAGGCGGACAUGGGGAAGCACACGAUCCGGUGGGCGAUUUUGCCUCAUCGGGGUCCGUUGGGGCCGGAGACUGUGAGGGCGGCGUAUGAGUUUAAUAACCCGCUAAAGGUCGUCUCUGCGUCUGGAGAUUCUCCGUUGUUGAAGGUGGGAAGAGGUGGAGAUGGAGCUGCUGGACGCUUCCCCGUUGCGUUGACGGGGGACGAGAAUUUGGUGCUGGAUACGAUCAAGCGCGGUGAAGAUGAUGAGGAUGUUGGGGAUGGCGAGUUGCCUGUUCGUCCUGGACGGUGCGUGGUUGUGCGUGUGUAUGAGAGUUUGGGGGGACGUGGACGGGGGAGGGUGGUGACGAGGUGGGAGGUGAAGAGGGUGUACAAGACGAAUUUGCUCGAGGACGACGAGGAUGAGGUUCGUGUAGAGGACGGCGGGUUCGAAGUUGACCUUGGGCCGUUUCAACUGCAGACGUAUCGGCUUGAGUUGGCGGAUUAG